AUGGAGGACAGAAUAGAUUUCGACAUCAACGAGUCUCUCAAGUACUAUCUUAGUGACCCGAUCUCCGUUCCUACCCCAGACGCCGACCCCGAGCUUCAGGAAUGUGCGUCGGACCCGGAAUUGCUUACGGCCCCUUUGAUCGAUGGCGUUUUGAAUCCAAUUGUUGAUGCUGUGGCUGAAAGCCCGGAUGGGCUCGCAAGAAGUGAAUUCUUUGACUCCUUGCAGUUUCUUCUCAAGUGUGCUCCUACUUUUCGUAACCCUCAAGAAUGCCCGCAACCGAAACGUGAUUCUAAAUCGUAUGAGCAAUCUAGGUUUACCGCUGUGCUUCCCACUCAAAUUUUAAGCAAGGUUUUGGAUCUUAUUGUUUCCGGGCUCGCUGUCGAAGCAGAUAUCGUUCACAAUGACCUCGAGUCGGAUGAAUCCGAUGUUAUUUCCCACCACAAACAAUUACUGGAACUGUACGCGUUUUUGCUACAAUGGGCACUUUCUGCUGUGGAAGCAAAAAUGGCAGAAAAACCUGCAGCCUCAGCACCUGCCAGGCGUGGUCCGGGAAAGGCUCGAUCAAAAUCGGCCGCACAGGAGAAAACCUGGGAUUCUGUUACACAGUUACAGAUAGCUAUGGAAGUUAUGUGCAAGGUGCUUAAAUUAAAACUGGGCAAGAUAUUUAUGACGACCUCGGAUCGCGAUACGUUUGUGAGCCUCUUCACACGCUCCAUCUACCUUAUCCUUGAGAGCGAGCAGCGUGUUAAGACGAUGAGCAUUCGAAUGCACGCCUUUAAGGUUUUAUGCAUUGCCGUGAAACAUCAUGGCCAUGCAUUUGGCGCGCAGACGUCAAUUGUGCAAAGCCUUACGUACUUUGAACAUCUUUCAGAACCUAUGGCAGAAUUCCUACAUAUCCUUGCAGAACAAUAUGAUUAUCCGCAGCUGUCUGAUGAAAUUUUAAGGGAGCUGGGAAAUAAGGAAUUCAAUCCUAACGAUACCAAAGGACCUAAGUCAGUCUCGAUAUUUAUUACCAAGCUCGCAGAGCUUGCUCCACGGCUAGUCAUCAAACAGAUGACGUUAUUAGCUAAGCAACUUGAUAGCGAGGCGUAUACUUUACGAUGUGCUGUUAUCGAAGUAUGUGGAAAUCUUAUUACCGAUCUCAGCAAGCAAGAUGAAAGAAGCGAGAGCGCAAAAACUCAAAUAAAUUCAUUUUUCGAUGUUUUGGAGGAACGUUUUCUGGAUGUGAACCCAUUCUGUCGAUGCCGUGCUAUCCAAGUCUACAUGAGGCUCAGCGAUUUGGACCAAAAAUUUCCAAAGAGGCGCCAAACGGCCGCGGAGUUGGCGUGCAGAAGUCUAGAGGACCGGAGCAGUCAUGUUCGCAGGAAUGCCAUCAAAUUACUCGCCAAAUUAGUGUCCACCCAUCCCUUCAGCGUAAUGCACGGGGGACAACUGUCUUAUAAAGAAUGGGAAGCGAGACUUGAAGCUGUGGAAACCGAACUCAACGCGUUGAAGCCUCCCCCUGAAACUCCCGGGCUAGCUGAGGUAGGCUUGGAAAAUGCCCAUAUAGAUAGCGAGUUGCUAGACGAUGCGACUCAAUUACCGGACGAGUCUCCCUCAAAAACACCAAGAAUGUCCGAAGAACAAAAGGCUGCUGCAAUCAAAAGGGCCGAGGAGGAAGCAGCCACAUCAGAAAUGCUUGCCCGCCUGCAACUGACUAGGAAAUACUACCUUGAAGCAAUCCGUUUUAUUGAAGUUUUACAUUCGGCAUCUUCAACAGUCUCGCAACUACUUUCAUCUCGGAAUAAAAGCGAAGUGAUCGAAGCAAUGGACUUUUUCGUAAUGCUCGAUGCAUACAAAGUCGAAACUGCUCGGUCCGGUAUUCGAAGAAUGCUACGUCUAAUUUGGACAAAAGGGAACAGCGACGAAGGAAAAGGUGUCCAAAAUCACCUGAUUGAUUGCUACAAAACCCUUUUCUUUGAUGCGCCAGAUUCUUUUAGCCCAAAUGACGCUGCCAAUUAUAUCGCCCGCAAUAUGAUCAGCUUGACCUACGGUGCUUCCCCGGCGGAGCUCACAUCGUUAGAACAGCUCCUGAGCAUGAUGAUGAAGGCUGGACAUAUUCCAGACUCGGUAAUUGUUAAACUCUGGCAGGUAUAUGGUAUUCAAAAAAGAGAAAUAUCCAAAACUCAGAGAAGAGGCGCUAUAAUCGUGCUCGGAAUGCUUGCACUGGCAGAUCCCGAGGUAGUUGUGAAAGAGAUUGAAGCAAUGCUGCGGAUCGGCCUCGGUGGAUUAGGCCGAGCUGACCUCAUUCUGGCGAAAUAUACCUGUAUCGCGUUGAGAAGGAUGAAGUCCGGCCGUCAAGCGAAAGUAAAGGAUGCGGUCUCCCCAAAGCUACCCAACGAUCAUGCUGUCUUGAUGAAGCUAGCAGCAAUGAUGGAAAUAGUCUCAGAGAGCAAAGAAUGGUACGGGGUAGCGGAACAGGCAAUCAACGCAAUUUAUGCUCUUGCCAAACACCCUGACUCGCUUUGCUCCGACGUCGUGCGGCGGAAAACCAAAUCCAUUUUCCAACCUCAUGCUGCCUCUGGAGAUCCGGCAUCCAGUGUUAACACUGAGAUCAGGCCUCGUACUCCCGACACUCCACAACAUGUUUCUCGAAAAAGCAGCCCAGUGGGAUUGUCUCAACUUCUUUUUAUUGUUGGUCAUAUUGCAAUCAAACAGAUUGUACAUCUCGAACUUUGCGAGCAAGAAUUCAAACGUCGCAAAGCCGAACAAGAAAAGAACAAAGUUGCUAACUCGAUCUCCCAGAAUCAGGACGAUGCGCCUGUAGAUGACGAACUAGACCUUAUUGGUGGUACAACUGAAGAUGAUUUUACCGAAGCAAUGGCGCAUAUCCGGGAACGCGAACUUCUUUUCGGCACAAGAUCACUCCUUGCCAACUUCGGCCCUCUCGUGGCCGAAAUAUGUGCAAAUAACAAUACUUACUCGGACCGGAAUCUUCAGGCAGCGGCCACCAUAUGCAUGGCGAAGCUAAUGUGUGUUUCAAGCGAGUAUUGCGAGAGCAAUCUACCACUUUUGAUCACAAUAAUGGAACGAUCGGAAGACCCCAUCGUUCGAAGUAACGCGGUUAUAGCGCUAGGGGAUAUGGCCGUCUGUUUCAAUCAUCUCAUUGAUGAGAACACAGACUUUCUUUAUCGACGACUAAACGAUAAUGAUGUCUCGGUUAAACGCACAUGCCUGAUGACCCUUACUUUCCUGAUCCUUGCCGGCCAAGUUAAAGUUAAAGGCCAGCUCGGCGAAAUGGCUAAAUGCCUGGAGGAUGAGGAUAAAAAGGUUGCCGAUCUCGCUCGGAUGUUCUUUACCGAGCUUGCCACAAAGGACAAUGCGGUGUAUAACCACUUUGUUGAUAUGUUCAGCUUGCUCAGUGCGGAGCAGAACCUCGCCGACGAUGCCCUACGGAGGAUCAUCAAGUUCCUCGCCGGAUUCGUGGAAAAGGAUCGCCAUGCUAAGCAAUUGGCUGAUAAACUUGCCGCAAGGCUGGCGCGGUGCGACACUGAGAAGCAAUGGAAUGAUGUCGCCUACGCUCUCAGCUUGUUACCACAUAAGAAUGAAGAAAUCAUCAAAACAGUUAGUGCCGGCUUCAAAGUGGUCAAAGCAGCUGCCUGA